AGCUCCAGAUGAUCCUCCCACUAACAUAACGUUAACUCCACGAAGCAGAUCAUUCACGGCUACAUUGAAUUCGCCAAGAAAACCCAAUGGAAUUAUAUCUACUUAUGAAAGCAAUAUCCAUAACUUGGAUACGGGGGAAAACAAACUUCAAAACUAUACCGUUCUCUUCACAAAUACACUUGUUUCAAUUGCAACCAUUAAUAUAACUGAUUUGGAACCAUUUACAAACUAUAGUAUCACAGUACGAGCAUACACAAGUGGGGGUGAGAGUCCUUGGAGUGGCGCAUCCUCAAAACCUACGUUAGAAGCAGG